UUUUCGCCUGGGGUAAGUCGAAAUGAGCUUUUAGGCUAAAAACAUGUGACUUGGUUAUAGCUUGGUUUCAUUCAUCAUUCUCCAGUCAGCUGGCUUAUGCCUUCAACCUUUAAAUUCCAGACAAUUAGCAAAAAAUUGAGAACGUGUUGAACAAGGUUAGUCAGAUUAUCUUUUUGAAAUCUGCUAAAAGAGUCCUGUCUGACUCUGUGCUAUAGGCAAAGUUCAAAGUUUGUUUGAUGGUAUUAGAACAAAAGACUUAGGUGAUAAAGCAUUUAGUAAAGGUAUUAAGUACUGUACAAUUUUCUACAACUUUAUUAAGCAGCCAUGGAGCAGCCAUAUGAUUAUUUCCAAGGAUGAGACUGCUUAAUAUCUUUACAGUCAGUAUUCAUGUGCAUUGAGAUUCCACUGACAGUAUUUUGUAACAAAUCAUGGGCGUAACAAUUACGCAACACUUGCAUUAGUGAAGAAAUUGAAACAUGUCACAUUGUCAUAAAACCAGCGAUUAUCCUUUCCAUUGACAUCAAUCUCUCACCCUAAGAUCUGAGAUGUGCCGCUGCAGCUCACAACAGUUCAGAAAAAGGUUUUUCCAACACUGGGGAAAUUAAGGUGUGUCAUAUGGCACUGCUUUGCAAGUCUUUUAUUAUGCAAUUCACCUCCAAACCAGCUGGCAUUUUCAAUACCUACCUAAACUGGUUGGUACAUACAGCUCUCUUGCCAUUAGUUACUGUCUAAUACAGAUAGGUCUCUGACAUUUUGACAAUUGUAAAAAAGCCAUUUGUACCUGUCUCACUAUCACUUCUUUACUAAUCUUUUUUAAAUGGAGAUAUGGUUGUAAAAGUUUGUCUGUGAGAGUGGUGAACGUGCCUUUGUUGCUGUAAUCUCGUCUAGGUCGUAAUUUACUUAGUUGGCUGUGCGGUACCUCUGUGAUCUCAUUCCUAUCAGAGUGGGCAUUUAUUAGCUUCCACUAAGGAGCCAAGAGAACAACAACAAAAAAAGAUCACAAAAGUUAAUCAUAGUGCUCUCCGUGCUGGGUUUUGAUGAGGCAAAGGUUAACUUGUUUACCAAUGAACUGUGUGAAUUUAGGUCAAACUGUGCUAAAUAACUCCUAUUACCUUCAAGAAGUGGCCCGACAGGUGUAAUAAGGAAGGACCUCUGAGUGUGGAAAGUUUUUAUGUCUUCAUGGAAUGACUAUCUUGAGCGGGACCAGGUGGUAUCAUAUUUACCAGAAGUAUUGACUGAUUGGUGCAACCAACCCUCAUAAAGGUAUAAACUAAUGAAACCCAACACAAUUAGCUCCUCUCAAGGUGACAUGCAAAUAUUCCAGAGAUGGUGUGACAUUAGACUUUGAAAUGGGACUUUGCCUUCUGGCCUGGACUGCCCACUAAAAAGGUCAGUUAAUUUGUUAUAAGCAGUUCAGCCAAAACAGGGUAGGACCUCAGUCUGUCGCACCAGUUCAACUCCAUCUCAACAGUAGCUCUGCUUUGAAAAACUCUACUUUCACCCCUCUGUGGAAAGGCUUUCAUGGUUGGACAUCAUUUGUGCCUUCUGCUGGACAUCCUGGGUGAUCCAGACUCCAGCCCCGCUCUGACAGUUCUAAUGCGUUUUGCGCUCACCGUUCUGAGUUGAACUGAGCGACCCUGUUCAGCGCGUCCAAACGCCUCAGAGGUUUCCACGGCAUCCGUUCGUUUCCAUUCAGCCCCUGACAUCAGCACAUCUGUGGCUUUACUGGACAGAGAUUAAACAGCACCAUGGUGUUGCAUGGCGCAAUCGAGAUGAGCCCAGAGAGAGACUCCAUUAUCAACACCCAAGAGACCUUCAUUCCCAGAGCAAGGGCAAGCAAGGGGAGGGCUGCGAGGAGGCAGCGCUACAUACAGAAGGAUGGUCACUGCAACAUCGCCUUCCAGCAGACCUCGGGCAACUGGGGCCACUACAUGGUGGACAUAUACACCACCCUGGUGGAGAUCCGAUGGAGAAUCAUGUUUCUGGUAUUCUUCCUCGCCUACAUCAUGUCCUGGCUGAUCUUCGGGCUCUUAUACUGGCUGAUUGCUCACGUCCACGGCGACCUGGGGGAGCCCAAUGAGGCCCCGUGUGUGGCGAAUGUGCAUAGUUUCACCGGCGCCUUCCUGUUUUCCAUGGAGACCCAGGCGACCAUCGGUUAUGGCUUCCGCGGCAUGACGGAGAACUGCAUGGUGGCCAUAGUAGUUGUGACGGUGCAAGACGUUCUGAGCUGCUUCAUUGACACGGCCAUCAUCGGCGUGGUCAUCGCCAAGAUGGCGUGCGCCCGUAAGAGGGCGCACACUGUAAGCUUCAGCAAGUGUGCCAUUAUUAACCUGCAGAAUGGCGCCCUCUGCCUGCAGUGGCGUGUUGGGGACUUCCGAGGGAACCACAUCCAGGAGGGUGAAGCCCAGGGCCAGCUUGUUCACCACAGGCUGCUUCCCACGGGGGAGGUGAUUCUCUCCCAUCAGGACCUCAAGCUCCAGUGCAAGUCCAUCACGCUGGCCACACCUGCCUCAGUGGUCCACAAGAUAGACUGCGACAGCCCCCUGUACAGCCUUAGCCCCCAGGCCCUCGCUGAGGAGGACUUUGAGUUGGUGGUGUCCUUCACGUACACGGACGACUCGGUGGGGAUGCUGCGGCAGACGCGUGCCUCCUACACCCCCGAGGAGAUCCGCUGGGGUCAGCACUUCCAGGACAUGCUGAGGCUGGGCAGGAAGCACUACCACGUCGACUACUCCCUCUUCCACCAGACCACCUGGGUCCAGGUGCCCAUGAUGAGCGCACAGGAGAGGGACCGUAACCGGGGUCUGCCACACAACGGUGAAUCGGUCGCGCCAGUCAUGCGCCGUAAAAUUCAAACGUGCCAGAGGGAAAAGUCUGACACUCUUGUGCUUGAAGAGGCCUGGCUAUAGUGCUCACACAUUUACACACUGCAUGACACAUCAUCUCUAAGGGACUGCUGGAAGUAUGAGGUAGUGUCCUAUAUAGUACAUACUUCUGUACUCCUAAAAAUAUGUGACCCACAACCUCAAUGUUGCCAGUGCCAGUCUCUGCAUGCACCAUUGGACUAGUAAACAAUCUGGGAGGAUUCUGCAAAUGUAGGUUACUGUUCAUCUGCAAUGACUACAAAGUCUGCAAGCACAGAACAAUGCCAGGAUUAUAGAUGACCAUGUGUAUGGAGGCACCUGCUGACUGACACAGCAAUGUAUUGUAAAUUAUGUGGCAAAAGAUUGUAAAGAGGCCUAUGUUAGUUCAUAUUUUUUUUUUUUUUUUAAUAGUGACUGUAUAAAAUAAUACCGUAUGCAUACAAUCAUUUUAAAUACAUUUGACUCUUUUCAUAUAUUUAUUAAAAUAUAUUUGUUAACGUUUUCAAUAA